GGCAAGAACAAAGCAAACAGCACGUAAAUCAACUGGUGGUAAAGCCCCACGUAAGCAACUCGCCACUAAGGCAGCAAGAAAGACAGCCGCACCAACCCAAGCUGCCGGUGGUGUCAAGAAGCCACACCGUUAUAAGCCAGGUACCGUCGCUCUCAGAGAAAUCAGACGUUACCAAAAGUCUACCGAAUUGCUCAUUCGUAAACUUCCUUUCCAACGUUUGGUAAGAGAAAUUGCACAAGACUACAAGACAGACUUGCGUUUCCAAUCUUCUGCUAUCGGUGCACUCCAAGAAGCAAGUGAAGCAUACCUCGUCUCACUCUUCGAAGACACCAACUUGGCUGCUAUUCACGCUAAGAGAGUCACCAUCCAACCAAAGGAUGUUCAACUCGCCCGCAGACUCCGCGGUGAACGCUCAUAAGUAGCAAAUUAGCUGUCGAUUUCUAUUGUUUCAGUAAUUGUAAUCUAUUGAAUGUAUUUAAG